GUUUCGUCACAUCAAAAUUGCGUUGCGAUAAGACGAUAACGAACGAUCGUUAGGAGAGGGGUGGCAACUUGAAACAACUCACACGGUAUUCCCCCUGGGCAUUGUUACAGAAUCUAAUUAAGCCUCCUUUCUAUUGAUCUUACAAAUACCAGAUAGUACUUCCUUAGCUUCCGUUCCGUUGUUCCUCAGACAUUUCUUACUACGAAAGCAUAAGAAUUCUGGAACGGAAGACUAUGGUUUUUGAUUUGCCAACAUGGGAAAACCUCGUAUGAUCAUCUUGAUUAGACAUGCUCAAUCAGAGGGAAACAAAAACCGUGAUAUUCAUCAAACUAUACCCGAUCACAGAGUAAAGCUCACCCCCGAAGGCUGGACACAAGCUCAUGAAGCUGGUUUGCAACUGCGAAACCUCUUACGUCCAGAUGACACCCUGCACUUCUUCACUUCCCCCUAUCGAAGGACCCGCGAAACUACAGAGGGCAUUUUGUCUACCCUGACUUCCGAUUCGCCGAGCCCUUCUCCGUUUCCAAGGCACUCUAUAAAAGUAUAUGAAGAGCCCCGCCUUCGUGAGCAGGACUUUGGUAACUUUCAGCCUUGUAGUGCGGAAAUGGAGAGAAUGUGGCAAGAGAGAGCAGAUUAUGGGCACUUUUUCUAUCGGAUCCCAAAUGGAGAGAGUGCGGCGGAUGCAUAUGAUAGGGUGAGUGGUUUUAAUGAGAGUCUAUGGAGACAAUUUGGGGAUGACGAUUUCGCAAGCGUUUGUGUUCUAGUGACUCACGGACUCAUGUCUCGUGUUUUUCUGAUGAAAUGGUAUCAUUUUUCCGUUGAGUACUUUGAAGAUCUUCGAAAUGUCAAUCACUGCGAGUUCCUUAUUAUGCGCAAAUCGAAUGAUUCCGGGAAGUACAUAUUAGAAAAUCAACUACGCACAUGGUCUCAACUGAAGCAAGAGCGUCUAGCGAUUGCCGCCGCAACUAAAACACUUUCUUCAACACCCGAAAAUGGGCAAACUUCUGGAAAGGACAAAGAGAAGGAGAGUAGACUACUAGGAGCCGGUCGCUCACCUGCGGGUUCUUCUAGCCCAAUACCAACACAUAAAAGAUGGGGUGGCUGCCCAAAUGGCUGCGACCAUGGGAAGCAUUACUACAAAAAGGAAAACUCCAUGCAUGCCAUGCAACUAAACGGUCGUCCAAUCGCAUUGGCAUCCGCUUCAUCCACGCACAUAGAGACAAUCGCAGCCCGUCGACCCGCAGCCCGUCGCUGGCAAUCUUCCUCCGACGAAGACGAGGACGAUCCAAGAGGGAAAUCGGGGCCACCUGAAUUAGAUGUUCAAAAGAGUCUCGAAGAAACCGUUAGCAGUCCCGAUGGAACACCAAGCUUCAUUAGCAUAGAAGAUCGACUAGGUAGUCGCAUUCGAAGUCCUAAUGAUCUACUUGGCAUACGCCAUGCGGGAAGAGAUGGAGGUGGGAGCGCUAGUGGUGCUAAUAGCGAUGCCGAAUUUAGCGCAGAAGAAGAUGUUAGAAAGAGAUUAGCAAAAGGGCGAAACCGGAAUAACGGGUUGGGAAUCUCAGUGUUAUCGCAGAAAUUAACGAGAGAAGAAUCCGAUGGGAUGGGAAAGGGAGUCAAGGCUGAUGCUUUGGGAGAUCAAAGUGAUGAUGGGGAUGACGAUGCUGGAGGACAGAGUGAUGAGGGUGUAUCCGGGGGAGCGUCUACUAAGUCUAAAUUGUGAAAAGAAAAAAAUGACAGGGAUAGGAAAGAUAAUCAUAACUUUGGGGUUUUGGAUAUCGGACGAGAAGGCAUACAUGAUAAGCGUAAAAGUUCACGGUAAUCCUACAUAUCGAAUGAACGAAUGAACGAAUGAAAAAGACGAGACGGUUACAAUUCACGUACAUCUUGGACCUAAUAAGAUGAAAACGAGGAAAUGAUUGGAUUUAAGCACCAAUACCACUACCACUCAUUUUGACCCUCGCUCUCAUCUCCGUGUCCAUGCAUCGACCAGAUUAUCUGUACGCCCACCCAAAUAUCAUUUCCCCUGUCGCCUUCCCUACUCUCUAGAACUAAUCAUCCUCAUAAUACAGUUCACUAAGUCGUCCAGAGGACGGUCUCCAAAUCAUAAUAUACAAGUAUUUGAUCGCGCGCCCUUUUCCUCAAACGUGAAUAAAUAUAUACUA